UCUCUUUCUCUGCUGAAGUUAAUCGCAAUCCUAAUCUGUUGGAAUGGAGACCGGAGACGGCGACGUGCGAGUUAUUUCAACAGUCUCUAAGCAACUUGCUGCCUACAAAUCUUGCCCCAGCAAAGACAUCCUAGUCAAACUGCUCCGGCAAGCUGCAGGUGCUUUACCAAAACUUGGUCAAUCUGCAUCACUAAAACCCUCCAUAAAGCCCUUGAGUGAUUCUCUAGUCAAGUUCUCCUUGCUUCAGCACAAUGAUAGAGAUGUUAGACUAUUGGUGGCUACAUGUGUAUGUGGGAUUAUUAGGGUCCUGGCACCGAAUCCAGAUUUCACAGAUGCAGUCUUUGGGGACAUUUUCAAGCUUUUUGUGAGUUUGUUCUCAGAGUUAGCUGAUACCAAAAGCACAUAUUUCUUCAGAAGAUUAGAAAUACUGGAAACUGUUGCUAAACUUAAUGUUUGUGUAUUGAUGCUUGACAUGCAUCAUGAAGAUCUGGUUCUCAAGAUGUUCAAUACCUUUUUCACAGUGGUUAGAGAGAAUCACCCAGAUAGUUUGUUUGAGGCGAUGUCAUCUAUUAUUGCUGUAAUUUUAAAAGAGAGGAUAUCUUUGCCUCUAGUGCAUUUGGUUUUGAGGAAUCUUCUCAAGGAGAGAAAGGGUUCAUCUCCUGCUUCAUUUCGGCUUGCUACAACUGUCAUCCAAAUGUGUGAGGAAGAGCUUGGGCCUUGUGUCUGUGGGUUUCUAAUGGAUUGCAUAAUGGGUAGAGAAGGUGCAGGAAAUCAGCUCAGAGAAUUUUAUCAUGAAAUAAUAUAUGGGAUAUUUCAGUGUGCUCCUUUAAUGCUUACAACUAUCAUCCCUAGCUUAACUCAGGAAUUGAUGACUGAUCAGGUUGAUGUUAGAAUAAAAGCCCUUAACUUAGUUGGACGACUUCUAGCACUACCUAGGAACUGUGACACACAGACGUACCAAUAUUUGUACUUAGAAUUUGUAAAAAGAUUCUCUGAUAUAUCUGCGGAAGUUAGACUUACUGCCCUAUCAUGUGCCAAAACUUUGUACAUGUCCAAUCCUCGAGGAGCUGAAUCAUAUGAAAUACUUACCACUCUAGAGAGCAGAUUACUAGAUUAUGAUGAUAGAGUGAGAACCCAUGCAAUGGUUAUUACCUGUGAUUUAAUCAGAUCGAAUAUGAAGGCAAUCCCAAAAGAGCUGGUAUCUCUAGUAAUUGAACGACUCAGAGAUAAGAAGUUAUCUGUGAGAAAGAAAUCGUUUCAGAAAUUACUAGAAGUUUAUCAAGAUUAUUGUACCAAGUGCUCUGCUGGUAUUAUAGAGUUCAGUGAACAGUUUGAGCAGAUACCUUGCAAAAUAAUGAUGCUUUGUUAUGAUAAGGAUUGCAAGGAGUUUAGGCCUCAAAACAUGGAGCUUGUGUUUGUAGAUGAGUUGUUUCCAUCAUCUCUUUCGGUUGCAGAGAGAACAAAGCAUUGGAUAUCAUUCUUCAAACUUUUCACCCCUCUUCAUCUAAAGGCAUUGGAAACUAUUUUGUCACAGAAGAAAAGGUUGCAAUGUGAGAUGAAAGCUUUUCUUGCCUUGCAGAGGGAAGUAGAGGAAAAUGGCUCUGAAGAAUCACAGAGAAGAACUGACGCCAUCUUUUGCAGAAUCUCUUCACUCUUCCCUGAUCCAUCUAAAGCAGAAGAUGGCCUUCACAAGCUGAUCUUGUUGAAGGAUUAUGGAAUUUAUUCUGCAUUAGAACAGGUGUUAGAUGAAGGGGUUUUUGAGAAUUAUUUAAUAACAAGAAACAACUUUUUGUCAAAGAUAGGUCAUAAGAACCCACAACAUGGAUUCUUGCAAUUGUUGUUUGCAAAAUGCUCUUACAGUAUAUUUACUUCUGAUCAUGUCAGUUGUCUUUUUGAUGACCUUGAUAAUGAGGAAUUUGAAAGCAAUAGAUCUGCUUCAAGAAACCUCCUUAUGGUCAUAAUUAAUGCUUUCCCUUCACUAUUGAGAGGUUUAGAGAAACGGUUUCUGCAUUUUAUGGAGGACUGCAAUGCAUCCAAUGAUGACCUAGUUAAAUUUUUAGCUAAUGCUGGUUCUCAUAUAUGCAUCAAACUCAGUGAUGUUUACAAUAUGUUGGAGAGGAUCUGUCUGGAAGGAACACGUGCUCAGGCCAAGCUUGCUAUAUCUGCUAUUGCUGCAUUAAUGGACAAUUCUGAGAAAUCUGUUUACACAGAGUUAUGCAAGACACUUGUUCAUUCACUAUACAACAGCCAGAAUGUUCCAACUGUGCUGCAGUCCUUGGGUUGCAUGGCUCAGCAUUCUGUUUCAACUUUUGAAGACCAUGCUGGAAAGAUCACUGGAUAUAUCGUUAAGAAUAUUCUCCAAUCAUCCAAUCUGGCAAUACCAGAUGGUGGGGACUCAUUCAAUGAGAACUUUGAGUGCUGUGUUUCUUGCAGAUGGAAGAUAUUUGGGAUUAAAACGCUUGUGAAGAGUUAUUUACCGCAUCAUCAAACUCCCGUUAGACGGGACAUUAAACAGUUGCUGGAUAUUGUGAUGCAGAUGCUGCAAACUUGUGAUUCUUCCGAUGGCAUCUUUUCAUGUGAAUCUGAUAAGGCCAUUAUUCGGCUAGUUGCUGCAAAAUCGGUGCUCCGGCUUUCGAGAAAAUGGGAUCCACUUAUACCAUCUCAAGUCUUUCGCCUUACCAUUUUGACUAGCAAGGACUCUCCAUCAUCCAUUGGCAGGUUAUUUAUUGAGAAGGUACACAAGCUUCUGAAGGAGAGUAUUUUGCCCAUAAAAUAUGCAUGUGUUUUUUCAUUGGCUGCUGCAGAUUUUCGAAAAGAUCUGCAUGACGAGUCUUUGCAAUUUAUGGAAGAAUUCAUAAGGAAAUAUAGUAAAGAAGCAUAUGUUCGUGAGGAAGGACUUAUCAGAAGUCCUGUCUACAUUGUGGUUUUCUUGAUACAUAUUCUUGCUCAUGACAUGAAUUUUCUUCCAGAAAAUCAUGAGGAAGAAAUGUAUGCUCAGUUUGUCAGUCCACUUGUUUUCACCAUACAGGCUUUGGUCAAUGCUAAAUUUGUUGACAGUGAGUUGGAUGUUGCUGUCUCAUAUCUACAAAGAAUUUUCCAUGCAGUUAGGAGAGCUGAAGACUCUGUUGAUACUGAGAGAACUCUAAAACUACAUAUCUUAGCAGACUUGGGACUUUCUAUCUUAAACACGCUGAACAAUGGUACCAACAGAAAAUCACAUGCUCCAGAUCAGAUUUUGCUGCCAUCAUCACUAUACAGUAAAAGUACUGGUGAAGACAGAGAAAUGAUUAAUGUUAACAAUUCUGACUGGCAUCAUUUGAAUGCAAAAAUUGCUAAAGAAGUUGCUUCCACAUUUGAGUAUCAAAUAGUCCACGCUUCUAGCUGCUCAAGAUUCAAUGAUGUUGCAGCAUCAGAAAAUGGGAAGUGCAAAGCGUUGGACUCGUUAUUUCCUGAAAGCAAUAAUAAUUCAAAAGCGAAUGAGAUCAUAGAAUCUGUAGGUUUGAAAAAUGAUAUGCAUGAAGCAUUAAACAAGGGUAAGGGUAGAUCAAAAAAACGAAGGGCCAUGCCUCCAAUCCCUUGUGAAUCAGUUGUUAUGCAAGAUGAGUUCGCCAUCCUUGAUGAACACCAAACUAUUGGAUGUAGAGAAUCUGAACCAUCUCGGGGAAGGAAAGAACUUGUAUCUUCUUGUGACUCUGCAAGAGUAAAACCUUCAAAAUGUCCAAAGGAAGGAUUGGAAAAUUCAUCUUCUGAAGUAUGUGCUGUAGCAAAAGAAAACAGCAUUACUAUUGCUACUCCCAAGAAUGCAAGUGGAACGGGCAGUGUAACGGAUGAUGGAAACAACGGACAGCAAUUAGUGGGACAGAAAAUAAGAUUAUGGUCGCCUCUUGAUAAUUGCUAUUUCUCAGCGGAUGUGGACGAGUUUGAUCCUCAAAAUAAGAAGCAUAAGAUUACAUAUGAGAAUGGGGAGGUUGAAGUGCUUAGUUUAGAUAGCAAAAGCUGGGAUUCUAUACUAAAUAACUCCCUUUUGGACAGCGCCUCGAAGAGAUCAGAUGUAAAGAACUGCUUUACGGUUGAUAAACGAAGAAAAGUAUUUGAAGCUCCUCAAAUGAAUGCUUGUGAACAGAGUAGCUUUCUGAAGAAAAGGAAACAGUCAAGGAAUAUGAAGUUGACGUCAGGAAAGGAAAACAACCAAGAAACAGUUCAUGGUGAUACAUCAGUAUCUGAGUUAACCAAUAUCGUUCGAAGAAGUCGGAGACAUAAAUGAGUUGAUGUAGUAUCAGAAGCAGUAUAUUAUUGAUUUCUCAUAGAGACCUCAAAUGCAAUGCUAUUCUGUGAAAGAGCAUCAAACGUAAUUCCUAAAAGUAGAAAUUUCAACUAGAUUCAUGUGUGCAUUGUGUGUGUGUAAUACAAUUCUGAUAAUAUUAUUUUUGCUGGUGAUUAGGUUUCAUGUUAUUUGGAGACAAGGUUGCAGAUGUGAUAUGCUUUUAUUUGGCAUUUGAGAUGGUCAAUCAAAACUCUUCAC